CUCAUAACUCGCACCCCGAUCCCGGCUCUGCUCCAGCGGUCCUGCGCCCCCAGAAUGGCACUUCAGCCAAAGGGGGUGAUGGUCCAGCACCGAGCUGCGCAAGGAGAAGUCCCGGGAUGCGGCCCGCAGCCGGCGCAGCCAGGAGACCGAGGUGCUGUACCAGCUGGCACACACGCUGCCCUUCGCGCGCGGCGUCAGCGCCCACCUGGACAAAGCCUCCAUCAUGCGCCUCACUAUCAGCUACCUGCGCAUGCACCGCCUCUGUGCCGCAGGGGAGUGGAACCAGGUGGGAGCAGGGGGAGAGCCACUGGAUGCCUGCUACCUGAAGGCCCUGGAGGGCUUCGUCAUGGUGCUCACCGCCGAGGGAGACAUGGCUUACCUGUCGGAAAACGUCAGCAAACACCUGGGCCUCAGUCAGCUGGAGCUCAUCGGACACAGUGUUUUUGAUUUCAUCCAUCCCUGCGACCAAGAGGAGCUCCAGGAUGCCCUGACCCCCAGCCCGAGCCUGUCCAAGAAGAAGCCCGAGGCCCCCACGGAGCGGUGCUUCUCCUUGCGCAUGAAGAGCACCCUCACCAGCAGAGGGCGCACCCUCAACCUCAAGGCAGCCACCUGGAAGGUGCUGCACUGCUCCGGACAUAUGAGGGUCUACAAGCCCCCCGCACAGCCGUCCCCCGCCGGGAGCCCCAGCGCCGAGCCCCCGCUGCAGUGCCUGGUGCUCAUCUGUGAAGCCAUCCCCCACCCGGGCAGCCUGGAGCCCCCGCUGGGCCGGGGGGCCUUCCUCAGUCGCCACAGCCUGGACAUGAAGUUCACCUACUGCGACGAGAGGAUCGCAGAGGUCGCUGGCUAUAGCCCCGAGGACCUGAUCGGCUGUUCUGCCUACGAGUACAUCCACGCCCUGGAUUCCGACGCUGUCAGCAGGAGCAUCCACACCUUGCUGAGCAAGGGCCAGGCAGUCACGGGGCAGUAUCGCUUCCUGGCCCGGAGCGGUGGCUACCUGUGGACCCAGACCCAGGCCACGGUGGUGUCAGGGGGCCGGGGCCCCCAGUCAGAGAGCAUCGUCUGCGUCCACUUCCUGAUCAGCCGAGUGGAAGAGACGGGUGUGGUGCUGUCCCUGGAGCAGACGGAGCAACACUCUCGCAGAGCCCUGCAGGGAGGUGCCCUCUCUCAGAAGGACGCCCCUAAUCCUGGGCACAGGCUUGAUGCCCCCGGCCCCCGCAUCCUGGCCUUCCUGCACCCCCCUUCCCUGAGCGAGGCCACCCUGGCCGCUGACCCCCGCCGUUUCUGCAGCCCUGACCUCCGCCGCCUCCUGGCGCCCAUCCUCGAUGGAGCUUCGGGAGCCGCCACCCCCAGCACCCCGCAGGCUGCGCGGCGUCCCCGGAGCCCUCUUCCGGCUGAUCUCCCAGGUGAACCACCUGUGGGCGUGGAGAAGGCGCGCGGGCUCUUCCCCAGCGGGAGAAUCCUCAGGGCAGCGGAGACGGAGCUGGGCGCAGCUCAGGACGCCGAUGCUCUGGACUUGGAGAUGCUGGCCCCUUACAUCUCCAUGGAUGACGACUUCCAGCUCAGCGCCAGCCAGCAGCCUCCCAGCGCCUACCACAGACCCCGAGGGGCUGUGCGCCGGCCCCGCGCGCGGAGCUUCCACGGCCUGUUGCCCCUGACCCCCGAGUCCUCCCUGCUGCCCCGCUGGGGGAGUGACCCCCGUCUGAACUGCUCCAGCCCCUCCAGAGGGGACCCCUCAGCAUCCGGCCCCACGGCCGGGGCUCGGAAGAGGGCCCUGGCCCACAGCCCAGUGGACGAGGGGGUGGAGCUGCUGGGAGUGAGACCCCCCAAGCGGCCCCCCAGCCUACAGCCCGAGAGCUUCCUGCUGCCUCCCCUCAGCCUGAGUUUCCUUCUGACAGGAGCAGCAGCCCCUGGGAGCCAGCAGGAUCCCGGCAGCCGCCUCCUGGACGUGAACGAGCCCUUGGGCCUGGGCCCCUCGCUGCUCCCUGUCUGUCCAGGCCAGGAUCCUGUCCAGCCCAGGAGCCACUUCCAGGCAGCGGCAGGCUUGGCCCAGGCCCGCUGAGCCGCCGCUCCCGCCUCCCCCUCCCCCCCGGAAGGGACCCCAGCCACACUCCAAGCCUGCACCAGCCAAGGAGGGGGCCUCCGUCCUGAGUGCCCCCCAGCCUCGGGCCUACCUCAGCCCCACCCCGGGCCUCGCUCAGUGACCUCCUCUCCUCUCAGGACCCCUGGUUACCUCACUCCCCGGGGCAGCACUCGGGCUCCCCUGGGACCGGCUGGGAGGGCCGGGUCAGGGAGCCGCGUGGCCACAGUCGCGUCUUUCUGUCCUUCCUUUAUCAUCGUUUUUACUUUUGUGUUUUCAUGAUGUGGUUUUAAUCACUAUGAAUUGCCCGGGCUCCGGAAGAAUGUGGGCCUCGGAGUGUCCCCGCUCCUCGGGCCUCAGCCGGGUGGGAAGCUCUGGGUCAGACCUCGCGUCCAGGGACCUCGACCUCCCAAGCUGCCCCCCAGCCCUGCCCCCAGCCCUGCCGGGGACUUCCGCUGCCCCAGCCUCGCUGCACAGUGAUCCCACUCGCCGUCUUCCUACUUCAGGGGGAGCCUGGAACUUUCUCUGCUUCCAGACGGUGCAGCCUCCAGCCUCCCCUGGCCCUCGAGCAUGGUCUGCGGUGGAGCCCAGCAGCCCCCAGACCCCUGAUUCCAGAUCUCACAGCCUUUGGCUCUUUCUCGUUCUAAACUCACAACUUCCCGAUGCUGCCUGUGUUUACGCCUCCCGAUCUCCAGAGAAAUGCUCUGGGUCACAAACCUCCGACUCCCUCCAGCUUCAAGCCCGUGAGCACUGCUGUUCUAGAACUCAUUCCCUAACUCCCUCUUUUAGUUUUUCGUUUGGUUUCAGGCACAGGGGAUGGAACCAGGAGCACUUAACCACUGAGCCACAUCCAGCCCUUUUUAUUUUUUAUUCAGAGACAGGGCCUU